GCUUGUCGGUCGGGUUGUUUUGGUUUGUGCUGUGCACAGUGUAGUUGUGGGCUGGCAAUACUCCGUGCGUGUGAAUUGUGUAAAUCUCUAUUGCGCCCAGCACAUUUUCUAGAGCCACCAUGGCCUUCUGGUUUCACCGAAACCCUUUAAAAGCCACCGGCAUUGUCAACUUUGACCUCAAAAUGCUUGCCAUGGACAGCCAAGCACUGAAGCUCUGCAGUGACCUGCGUCUGGCGAGAAACCACCUCCUCGACUUGCUGACAGACCCUAUGAAUGACAUCGGCACAAUUGAAACGGCCCUGAACACUUACCUGGCACUUUUUGCUGGCAUGAUCCUGGCCCCUGACGAAAAGGGAGGGGAGAGCAAGCUGAGAAACACCACAAGGUUUCGCUGGACCCAGACCAUGCUGGGACAAACACCACUUGUGCAGUCGGAUGCAGUCUUUGAGCUGGUCUCAAUCUGUCAGAAUGUGGGGAUUUGGCACAUGAAGCAUGCGUCGUCCAUUGCUGCCAAGGAGGACAUCAACAUGGAUGAAGCAAAGGAUGUCCACAAGUGUCUCAGGAAGGCUGCUGGCUACUUCAGUGCAAUGAAGGACAAGUACGUAGGACAACUGAGGGAGCAACCAGUGCCAGGAUCAGAUCUGGACUCACGAGUUUCAACUGCCUACAUCAACCAGUGCACCGCUGAAGCACAGGAAGUGACCAUUGGCCGAGCCAUUGAGAUGAAGCAUGCCCCAGGACUCAUCUCUGCUCUUGCCCAUGAGACAUCAAAGAUGUACACUUCAGCAGCGGAUUCCCUUGCCAGUCUUGAAGCAUCCAAGUUUGGACGUUGGAGGAAAUUUCUCAUUCUCAAGGCCGUCUUUUAUCUCUCCUAUGCCUACUGCUACGCGGGAGAAAACUUGUUGGCACAGGAGAAGUGCGGAGAUGCAAUCAGAGCCUUGCAGGAAAGCCACAAGUGCUACCAGGAUGCCCUGCAGAUCUGCAGACAGUACAGUACCAUGAAGGGGCCUGGCUCUGCAGCAAAGAUCGACCAGCACCUCUUCUUUCGCAAGCUCGCGCCCCUGGUGAAGCGGACCCUUGAGAAAUGCGAGCGAGAAAAUGGCUUCAUAUUCCACCAGAAGGUGCCCAAGGAUGCACCAGAACUGGAAUUGCGGGCCACGUACGGCCUCGUGAGCCCCGAGGAGUUCCAGAUGCCCGCUCAUGACAAGGCCUGGACUACAGUUGUCUACGCUGCUUUUUAUGUACAGCCCAGCAGCGCUCCCGACCCUGCGAACUCGAAGGCAGCUGUCAAGGCUGAAGGUGAUCUCCCAGCAGUGCAAGAGAAGACUGCGUCCCACUCCACUGCGGACCCAAAAACAGAAAGCGGAUGUGUCUUGCAGUGAAGCUGGCUUCCUGGGUCCCAAGGGCCAAUUCCCAGCAGUGCAUUGCUUGGCUUUGUACAUAUGAAAUAGAGAUCUUUAAUAUAUGCACAGUUCUGUAAAUGGGCACUUAAGCAGAGGUCCUAUUAAAUGCAAGCAUAUACACUAUCCUCCUGGACAGCUCAAUCGGCGUGGUGUGUUCAGAGCACUUUGGCAUCUUUUUCUUACCUGUUCACAAACUUCUUCUUCCUUUAAUAUGAGUGAUUUAUAAGAAAUCAUGCAAGAUGAAACUCUAGGUAGAACAAAUAUAUGAGGACCUCAAUCUAAUUUUACUUAAAGGGGCCAUGACACCAAAUCACCACGCUUGAAUUAUGCAUUGCACGUUAAUCCAAGUAAGUCCCACAGCAAGCUGGUAAAAUUUGCAUUUGAAAUUUUUUUACGUAGUGUUUGAACUAUACGGCUGCCUAGCAACACUGACAGCUAACAAAACGAAGAGUGUUUUGCAUGGGCAAUGUGUGGUUUUGCUUUUGAAUGUAUGUCAUGCCGGUAAACCCAAGACAGUUUCUGCAGGCAUUCUCCAGUUGCUAUUAUCUUUAUCAAGCAAGUUAAAUAAUUGCGGGCAUAGUGCGACAGUGACGCACUUGCUGUGCCAUCAGGUGCCGAAGCAUGCGGAUCAAGUCAGACAUAGUGCACACAGGGUUUCGGAAUGCUUCAGAGCAGACACAGCGGUCACCCCACACUUCUUGACGUCACACAAGCAAUGCCAAAAUGUGGGAGGGUACGCUCUGCGUGCGGCUAGGGCUGAAGGAGCACUCAGGGUCUAGCCACAUACAGCCGUUCUCUAGCACUUUCCAAACCGUUGAGAGGCUAAUCGCAGCUACGUUGCAUUGGGGUGAAUAAGGCGACCAACAGCAUCAGCUCUAACAAUAUUUAUUGCUGUGAGCAAUAAGCAGCACUUAUAGAGGAAAGGUCCACACUGUUAAAUAGGUCUGCCUCAUUACGUGUGAUAGUAAGGUACACGUCCAAGGUUGGGGAGCCAGAGAGAGAGAACGUCUUCACUGGGGACGCUCUUUUAACAUUAUUACCUUUGUGAGGGGAUUGUCCUCCUCACAUGUUGGAUACUUUUCCCACGAGUCUGGGUGAGGAAAGCGUGCAUAGCGAGUGUGACAGGAAAAAUGGGAGAAGGUGUAAUGCGCCUAUCCUGUGCUGGCCCACUGGGUCGUGAUGUGUCCGCAAUGUGCAGUUGCGUUGAUAUGAGUACGCAAGAGGUAAUGGGCAAAUUGCAGUCACUGCAGUCACUGUCACAAAUUGCAGUCACUGUCAAUGGGAGGGGCUUAGAGGCAGCUAUUUCAAAUUGAAAUUUUUGGCUAAAAUGUGUGCUGAGAGAAGUGUCCGUUUUUUUUUUGUUGGUGUAACCAUACUGGCCCCUUUUACUCUCAGUCACAAUGACAAACUAGGAACAGUUAGACGACCAAGUCAUGGCCCCUUUAAGGGAAAUUAUUGCUUCAUUUAAUGUAAAUUUUUGCUGCAUAUCUGAGUUGGUGCAAUGAAUACCACAAUUCAGAAUUUGUAGCUCACAUAGGAGGGUAACAGCUUUUGAUAUGGGAUUGAUGCAGAGCCAACUAAUUCAUUAUUUAACUUAAAGAGAGCUCCAAUUACUAGGAACAUGUGAAAAGCUGGGUGUGCUGCCAGCAGAGUACACGAGACAUUUUUCCAAGCUUGUAUACUGUUGAGAUUUUAACUUCCUUUUUUACACUUUUGCUCUUACUGUUAGGCUGUGAUUAAACAUGAUCAUGCAGAAUCUUCAUACUAUUUCUACAAGAUUACUCAAGAGUUUUUUUCUUCCUUGUGCCUUGUUUAAUGUCCCGGUGUGUGCGCUGUAUAAUUGUGGGCCCAAAAGAUGUAUGUGUGUUCAGACGGGCAUAAUGUUUGCAGUUUGGCAAAAUAUGCUGGCAUUUUUGCAUAGAAUAAAUAUGUACUGUAAAGCAUGAUUAAUCCUAUACCACUAUUAGUGGCUUGGAAAUAUUUUCAGCCGAAUUAACCUGUAAUGCUGAUUAGGUUGCCAGAUAAAAGCUAACAUGUGCUUUCAUGACCAAUGAUAAUACAUAUUUUACUUUGCCUGGUUGUGUUCCAGCGGAUGGAAGUGAUCUGUGCUGUAAAUAUGCCCUGCCAAUCUGACUAUAUGCCGUAUUUUAUGCACUACCUGUUCUGCAACUUGCCUUUUGGUGUUGUGAAAAGUUGUGGUGUUGUGAAAAAUUGUGCAUGUCUCGGCUUUCAGAGUUUACAACUUUUCAUGUGUGCUUUUAGCCUGUGAGAUAUGCCUGUUCGAACCAUCACAUCUUAACUUAGUGAAGCACACUACUUUGUUGGGUUUUAAUCCACUGUUAGAAAAGUUAGUGUUAGGAGACAUCAAGACUUCUUUUUAUCUAAGGAGGGUUCCCUUCAUGUUUGGAUAAAGAAAUUCUGAGCGCUUCUCAAGAGCCACUGAGGGCUGCUAUCGCACUGGGCUUAAGAGCCAUUUGCAGCAUGUGUUUUGUGUAAAUGUGCAUGCUAUGCAGACGCUAUUUUUGUACAUUGUGGCAGGCAAUAAAAGGUGCUUUACCGCUUGUACCAUAGAA